AUGCGACUGCUCAAUCUUCCGACGCUUUUCACCCAGACUCAGCUCAAGCUAUUCCAUUUCACCACGCUCAAACGAACUUUCAAAAUAAUGGCACCCCUAAAUCCCACAUCUCAGGAAGCAAUCAACAGACUUCGAAACUAUGUUCCCCCGCCAACAACGUACAGCUUGGUCCCACUCAGCAGACGGGCGGCUGUGCUGAUACUGCUCUUCGCCGAUGCCAAGGGCGACCUUAAGGUUGUCGUUACGAUCCGGGCCAAGACAUUGAGUUCGUAUGCAGGAGAUGCUGCUUUGCCUGGAGGCCGCGCAGACAACACAGAGACAGCCUUCCAAACGGCGCGCCGCGAGGCAAGCGAGGAGAUCGGCCUCCCCGAUAUUAAUCAAAAGUUCCCACCCCCGUUCAGCGUGGAGCAUCUCUGUGAGCUCCCGGCAAAUCUUGCCAGAACGGAGGUAGUCGUACGUCCCUGCGUUGCUCUCCUUCACGGCUCUGAUCUCCACUUGGGGCUGAAUGCCGAUCCUGAAGCGUCACUGGUUCCUAUUUUGGAUGCGAGAGAGGUUGAGGCUGUUUUUACUGCGCCAUUGAAGGACUUUUUGAGUCAAAAUAUCUCUGUACAAGAUGAUUGGUAUACGGGAACUUGGGGGACGUGGCAUAAUUCACAAUGGAGAAUGCAUCAGUUCUUUGUUCGACAUGAAGAUCAAGUCUAUCGCAUCUUUGGCAUGACAGCAAGAAUCAUUGUCGAUGCAGCACGUGUUGCCUACGCGCAGGAACCGGAAUUCGAGCAUAACAGUCACUUUGGAGACGAAGAGAUGAUUACCCGACUGUUCGAGUCCGGCCAACUGAGUGAAGAAAAAGCCAAGCUUACUUAG